AUGACAUUGAGCGCCACCUCGUGCGCCGACAAUCCACGAUCCGGUGAGCCUGUCCCGUCAGAGAGGGGCUUGAAUGAUGCCCUUCUGCACGCCGGCGCUGCUCAUGACGCGAUGGAUCGCUCAGCAGAAUCUGUGGUUUACCCCUCAACCGAGCAAGAGAUUCUCAGUGCCGUUGCUGCUGCCGUGAGAGGCAACCAAAAGAUAAAAGUAUCCACCAGGUAUGGACACAGCAUAACGAAAAUUGCUUGUCCAGGAACAUCGUCAGGCGUGAUCUUAAGUUCCAAAAAUUACACUUCCAUUGUGAAUAUUGACACAGAGAGUGGCACAGUAACAGCACAAGGUGGGAUUCAGUUGCGGACACUGGUGGACCAAAUUUCCACCCGGGGCCUUGCACUUCCCGUUGCGCCGUACUGGGAUGGUGUAACAUUGGCUGGAUUACUUAGUACUGGUGCACACGGGAGUUCGCUCUUUGGCAAAGGCGGUGCAGUCCACGAGUAUGUGAUUGGUAUGCGCGUCGUCACACCUGCGAGUCCAGCUGAAGGAUAUGCUACUGUCCGAGUUCUGGGUAGUCAGGAUCCAGAUCUAAACGCUGCCAAGGUGUCCCUAGGAGUGCUUGGUGUCAUUUCCACUGUCACAUUACAGCUUCAACCCAUGUUCAAAAGAAAUCUGACACUACGAAUUGUGAAAGGCGACGUUGGGUCUGAGGACGAAACACUUCGGAUUGCUAAAGAAGUGGAGUUUGGAGAUGUCAUAUGGUACCCCUCGCUGGGUCAAGUUGUUUACAGAUACGACUACCGCGCCUCACUAGUCGCUCCAGGAGAAGGCAUCAACAACUUCAUUGGAUUUCAGCCCAUACCACAGGCUGUGAUAGCGAGCACAAGAGUUGCUGAGGAAGCAGCCGAAUCAGCCCGAAACCGGCAGCUCAAGUGCGAUCUUGCGUUCACACUUGUAACUGCAGAGCAAGCAAUCGGCUAUGGGUACAAGAAGAACGGCUUGAUAUUUUCUGGCUUCCCAGUCAUUGGUAGACAAAUCCUCAUUCAGGCUGCUGGCGGAUGUCAAAGGAGUGAUUUGCCGGGCUUCUACUGCCCAUGGGACCUGCGAUCAGGAGGCAGCGUCUUCUUUGAAUCAUCCGCUGCGCUUCCACUACGAAACUUGAAGUCUUUUCUCCGCGACAUCAGAGAUCUGCAAGCAACAGUUCCAUUGAGCCUCUGCGAUCUUGAUCUGUACACUGGGAUAUUGAUUCGAUUCGUCCGUAAGACUGAUGCCUAUCUUGGCUCUGGCCAGGAGGAUGUAGCCAUGCUUGACUUUACGUGGUCCCGUGGCAACGAUGCAACAACACCAAGGCUGGACAUGGACAUAUUUCAGGAACUUGAGCAGCUUGUGUUCGACAAAUACGGCGCAUGGCCGCAUUGGGGAAAGAACCGCAACUACGUCUUUGAGGGUGCUGGAGAGGAAUAUGCGAACCUGACCAAGUUCCUUGAUACAAAGAACCGUUUCGAUCCUCAAGGCUUCUUCUCCAGCGAAUGGUCCGAUACUGUUCUAGGAAUAAACAAGACCGGCGCGCCAGGAGAAGCAACGUAUGCUCCAUUCUGUGCCAUGGAGGGGCUCUGUAGAUGCCAGACGGACGAGCAUUGUGCACCAGAGAAGAACACUUUCUGCCGCCCAGGGCGAAUCUAUCCUGCGGCAAGGGUCUGUCGCACGGAGUAAAGAAAUCCUGUCCUGAUCACGUUGCUCC